AUGAAAAUGAGAUUUAUAGGAGAAUCAAAUUACUGGGAGAAGGGUCUUUUGGAAAGGCAUAUUUGGUGGAAGUGCAUCCAAGAUGGAACUCUUUGUGUAAUCAAACAAGUAGAUUUAAAUUAAAUGAAAGAAGAUGAAAGAAGAGAAACAAUCAAAGAAGCAAGAAUUUUAGAAGCUCUGAGACAUCCUAACAUAGUUAAAUUUAGGGAAGUCUAUAAAACAAAAAAGGGUAGGUUAUGCAUUGUAAUGGAUUAUGCAGAUGGUGGUGAUUUAAGUAAUAAAAUCAAACAGACAGGAUCGUGUCUCUUUAGUGAAGUAUAGAUCCUUGAUUGGUUCACAUAAAUAUGUUUAGCAAUUAAACAUGUUCAUGAUAGAAAAAUCAUACACAGAGAUUUAAAAACCUAAAAUAUAUUUCUGACUCAAGAUGGAAUAAUCAAACUUGGAGAUUUUGGAAUUGCCAGAGUUUUGAAUCACACCAGAGAAAAGUGCAAGACAAUUGUAGGAACUCCCUAUUAUUUGUCCCCUGAAAUCAUUGAAAGUAGGGAUUACUCAUUCAAAACCGAUAUCUGGUCUUUGGGCAUUAUACUGUAUGAACUCUGCGCGCUCAAACCUCCAUUUAAUGCAGAAUCCUUGCAUGGAUUAGCCCUUAAAAUUGUUAGAGGCCAAUACAACCCCAUUCCUGACAAAUUCUCCACCAACAUGAGGUAAUUAAUCUCUUCCUUGCUCCAAGUUGAUCCCAAUCGAAGACCCAAUAUUCAUGAAGUCUUGAAGAUGCCAAUCAUAGUCAAUAGAAUCAGAAGUGUCUUAUCAGAAAGUAUAAGGAAUGCAGAGUUUUCCCAUACUAUUCUUCACAAACAGAACUUUGUUAAUCAUAAUUUGAUAGUCCCAUACGAUACUGAGUUGAGAAGUGUAUGUUCGUAGCCAAACCUUGGUAAAAUUUAAUAGCAAUAACCAUUACAAUAAUAAUAUUAAUAAUAACAAUAGCCAAGCAAUUAUUUAUUGGCAUUUAAUGCAAGAGGCUAGCCAUAAAAUAAUUUAUUAAAACAGAAACAAUUAUAUCAAUAGCAUCUACCAUAAAACUAUGACUACAUAUCUAAACCAACUCAACAAAAUUAUAAUCCAUAUAUGAAUUAUCAAAAAUACCAAUAAAACAAAUAAUAAUAACAACAACCAUAAUAAAUAUAACCUUUAUAAGUUAAUAAUAAUAGACCUAAUAUCUCACCAUUAAAUCCAUAAAGGAAUGAAAAAUCACCUUAUUAUGAUGAUAGAUCGCCAUUAAGCAAAUCACCAUUUAAUAAAGAUGUUAGAGACAAAUCUCCCUUUGAAAUUUAAAGAGAAUAAGUCAGAUAAUAAAUUAAAAGAAAUGAAGAAAAAUUUCAAUAACUUUAAGAAAAUAAAAUAAAAUACUUAUAACCUGAUAAGUAUGAAUUACCUAAGCUAUCAAGGGAACCAUAUUCAUAACCAUAAAUCCAAUAUAAAUAUUAAAAAUAAUAAUCUGAUCCUGUGUCAGUCAAAGACCCAGUUAGAUUGGAACCAAUCAAUAAUAAUUAAUAACAAUAAAAGUCAGAAUAAUAAUAAUAGCAAAAAAUUGAUUUGCAAUAAAAAAUAGAGCAACAAUUACAAUCUCAAUAUCCUUCAUCUUCUAGAGAACAAAAAGAAUAAAGAGAUAGUGUGUAUCAAGCACCUCAGACUGAAAGAGUAUAAGUAGCUCAAUACAUUUCCCAACCCCCUCCAACUCAAUAAUAAUAAUAAGUUGAUCCUAUCUAAAAAACUGAAUCAGUAAAACCAAGCAAACUACAAUUAAAAGAAAGUCAACUAAUCCUUUAAGAAAUAAGAGAAAUAAAAAAUGAUACUAAGGAUGAUAGAGAAAAGAUGAAAUAACUAAUGGAAAUCAAAAGAUAAAGAAAUAGUAACACAUAAUCAGAAAUCUAAGAAGUUAUUAAGGAAGCAUCCAAGAAUUCAGACGAAUAAGAAGAUGAAGCAUCUUAAUUACUAGCAGAGUUAGAAGAUAUAGUUAUAGCUGCUGAGGGUGGGGAUGUGAAACAUUCAUAAGUAAUUAAUGUAGGUGAUGGUGAUUUAAUCAAUAUGUAACAAUCAGUUAGGGAAAGUGUGGACAGAGAGGAUGAUGAGAGUUUGGAAUAGAAAUCAAAUGCAUCAAAUGAAAACGGAGAAAGAGAAAGCUUUUAAGAUGAUGAAGACAUCGUUUGUGAAACUCCUAAAGAAUUGCUUUAUCAAUUACUCUUAAGACAAAUUGGUUAGGAAUAAUUGACCAAAGCUUUAAAUAAAAUAUAAAAUGCUUAUUCCUAGGAUUAUGUCAAUCUAAUGCAAAACGGCCUAGAUGAGUUGUAAUAAUAUAAGGCACUUAUAUUCAUGUAUGAAUGCAUGUGA